AUGGAUAAUAUAGAUUUGGAAUUCGGCCCACUUAGAAAGUCGACUCAAAAGAUAGAUUCUGACAAGAUAUUACAAAAUUUAACAAAUGAUCCUGCUCAGAAUAAUAUUCUAAAGAGCAUACCGCUCAUACCAAUUAGAAGAAACUCACAGAGCAAUCAAGAUGAAGAAAUAGUUAAGCCGUUGAUGAAAAAUACAUCAGAUAAGAGAAAGGGAAUCGAAGAUCUAGAUACACAUGAAACGUUAAAGAAGAUAAAAUUAUUUAAUACAAAACAAAAUACUCAUGAAACUAUCGAUGAAGAUAUUCAAUUUAACGAUUUUAAAAAGUUAUUAUUAAGUAAAUUAAACCAUAAAAAGUUGUCGGAAAAUGAACCUUUCAAAGAACCUUUCAAGUUUCUGAAAAAUAUUAGGUUGGAACUUGAUAGAAUUCUUAAACAGGCAAUUAUACAGAAGGAAUCGCACUCUUGUAUCAUGAUAGGACAAAGAAACAGUUACAAAUCUUUUUUGCUUAAUGGAGAAAUAAAUGAAUUAUAUAAAAAUUAUAAAGAUCAGUUUAUAACAAUUCGUUUAAAUGGGUUUAUUCAUACAGAAAAGGAUGCGAUCAAGAGUUUAGCAAUCCAACUGGAAAAACAAUUAGCAACUAUUCAUAAUACAUACCGUGAUGACUUAAGCACAGAUUCGAUUAGUGAUGGUUCAUUAACGGAAGUUUUUGAGAAAAUUCUGAGAAUUCUAGAUACUUCUACCAAUAUGAAUGACAACGCAAGUAUGAAUAAAUCAAAGAUUACUGUCUUAUUUAUCUUUGAUGAAAUUGAUACAUUCGCUGGCCCAGUUAGACAAACUUUACUUUAUAACUUAUUUGAUAUGGUAGAACACUCAAGAAUCCCUGUUUGCAUAAUAGGCACAACUACUAAACUAAAUGUAAUAGAAACACUUGAGAAAAGAGUUAAAUCGAGAUUUUCUCAAAGAUUAAUAUAUAUGCCACAGAUAGAAAAUGCUAAUGAAUUCAGUGACAUUUCAAAGGAACUUCUGGAAAUUAAGUUCAAAGAUAGUGAUACUAGAGAUGGAAUUUUUGUCCAAAAUUGGAAUAAAUUCAUUAAUGAGCAACUGUCAUCUUUUGAUUCUCCCUUAUCUAAGUAUGUAAAAGAGAAUUACGAAACUUUCAAUUCAAUUGUUUACUUUAAAACAUCACUAAUUCCAUUAGUGCAAUCUGCUAAGUCAUAUGAUGAGUUACAAAAUUCAUUCACGGUAUUCGAAAAGUUAAAAAGCUAUUCAAAAAACCAAUUAGCAGAUUCAUAUCCCGCUAAAGUUAAAUCAUUAUCGGACUUAGAGUUGGCAAUUCUUCUUGCAUCAACAAGAGUCAGCGAAAAGUCUAGAGAUUCGUUUUCAAAUUUUAAUCUUACAUAUGCUGAGUUCACAGAAAUGAUUAAAGGGUUGAAUGCUAAAAUACCCACAUUGGCUCCAGAAUCACCUGUAAAAGCAACCAAUGACAAAAGUAAACCACAAAAAGUAAUAAAUUUUGAUAAUACUAUCAAGAUUUGGAGUAAGAAAGAUGUUAAAAAUGUAUGGGAAUCUUUGAUUACAUUGGAUCUUUUGACAGAAAAAGGUGACAUUGGAAUGCGAGAAACAGCAAUGGCUGCUUUUUAUGCCAGUAAUUAUCAAUUUCAUGGUACAAAGAUCACUUUUGAUUUGAGACAAUACCAACCUCAGAUUACUUUACAAGAACUAAGAUCAAUUGUGCCUAAAUCCUCCAUGUAUUAUUCCUGGACAGCGCUAUAA